CCAGCACGCUGCAUUCGGUUUCGCAAUUUUUCGCGUUAUAGCUCAUAACUUUUCUCUUGAUUAUUUUUGUUCUUGAACUAUUUGCUCCUACCGACACCGAAUACUAGCAGAGAUAAUUCAAGCAUCAACAUAUUGCAUUGAUCGACUCACUCGGGAUUGUAAACGAAAAUCCUUUUCGACCACAGCAUUUCAUUUUUACAAAGUAUAUCUAUGGCUUCAAAAAAAUUCCAUAAAGAUAUCGACUAAACGAGCGACUUUCUGCUUUAUCUUUCGAUGGUCUCACUUAGUAAUCAAGAAACGAUGUCGAUGCAAGGAUUUUCAACUUUUUCGUCGAAGACGGUGCGUACUGCGAAAAAAGGGUCUUCGAAGAGUCCUUGGGUUUGUUUCGGUGGGGUUGUAUCUUCUAUUUUCACCAUCAGCUGCAGUCUCAGUCUAAUUUCCGUUGUGCGAAGUGCUGCGCCCAGGUCAAAAACAAAUUCGCAGGUGGAAGUAGAUGCACCCGUCAGCAGCAUUCUGGCACGUCAGGAAACACGAAGGGAAAGCAAGACCGCCCCGGACGCAAGCACAAACGAAUGGGCACCAUGGUCAGCAGAAGGUGGAACUGGAACUAGUGGUGUCGCAGUGGCUUCCGUAGAUGGUGGAGGAUCUCAGAUUACCGGCAGAUGGUGUCAGCAGCAGAUGCUGGAGGCUCUCGGAUCUUCACCGGAGACUUCGUACGUGUGCGCUGCACAGAAUGAAUUCCCCUUCGAGCAGCAGCAGCAAGAUUUUCAUGGUCCACCAUUUCCCGACGGCAGCAGUAAUAUAAUGGACUAUUGUGGAGCACACUACGUCAGUGCACAGGGCUUCGUCCCGUGCAGUGCCUAUGACGAGGCCCCCGGCCAUGAAUUUGCAAGAUGCACCAGCUGCACCUCCAUGCCGCUUCCCGCCGUUUGCGGUGGGUUUAUGACUGGUGUACCGCAUGGAGACGCACCAAUUGGUUAUGUGGCGCUACCCGUCGUGAUCCCUUUCCCGGUGGAAGGGGGUGCUGGUGUUGAUCCGGUUUGCGGCGUGUUGCCACCGUGGGGAUGCCACCCACACGUGGUCGCUCCGACCGCAUUAUACCAUGACCAGUAUCAACUCGCUCCAGAAACCGCCGCAAAGAUGGAGGGCCAGGAGGCAGUAGCUACCGCAGACGCUCGUCCGUUUGGAGCUGCUGCAUCUGCAACGACUCCUGGUGUGAGGACUAAGGCAGACUUUCAUGAAUAUGAUUUGGGAGAUAUCCGAACAGAUUCCGAACGGGGGGACGAGAUGGAGACGGUAGUUCCGCCAGGAGCAAGUUCUUUGGGGUCCUCUGGCGGAGCAGCGUCUUCCAGCCUGGGGACUUGGGAAUGCACAACGUCAAGCCGAAAGUGGUCGGAAGAUUUGGACGAAGAUACAGCCUUGUGCAGUUGUGAGUACAGUUCCUCCCGAGCCCCAAGACGUGAGGGCUCCGACGACGAGGGCAAAAGCGAGAAAGAAGGCCAAGCGUCCUCACACGGAAGGAGGACAAGACUUGGAAUACAACAAGGUAAAGAUCGGAGCCCAAAUCCCGGAAAGAAAAAGAAGGAGAAAAAGAUGAAAGGCAGUCCCGCGACGUGGAACAAGGACAGCGACAGGCACGAACGCAGUGCAAGAGCGCUCCAAGCGUUCCAGAAAUGCAUGCAAGAAAAAGAAGAACGCCAACGCUUGGUGAUCAUGUCCGAACGACUGCAAGAAGAACAAGAGACAAGAGAACGGUUGGCGCGAGAAAGAGACCAAGAGUGGGACCGCGCACUCAAUCUCCCCGGUGCAAAGCAACUACCUCGAAACAAGGCACAGAUCGACAAAGAGACGACUGAAGAUGGAGAAGCUGGUGAAGUACGAAAUUGCGCAAUUGCGAGACGAGGGCAACGCGUGCCAGCUGGCGGAGUGUCAAAAUUAUCCCGACAUCCGAAUGAAAGGUUCGCAACGGCAAUUUUCGCUCAGCAAACCUUCUUCGUUCACACGAACCGGUGGUACUUAUUGCAGAGGCAGGAAAACGCAAUCACGAGCAUCUUCGGAGGCGAGCUCGACAUCAACCUACCCGAUUCGGAGGAAGCCGCCUUCGAUCGCAGUUACGACUCGCACCUGCUGAACAAAUUGAAUUCGUUCGCGAGCCAUUCCGCAGACCACGUGCAAACUCUGUCGAACUGGUGGAAGCGCAGCUCCGAGGAAGGUAUGGGCCUGGACCCAAAGGACGGCAGCCUCGAAAUAGUGUUAGGCAGGCGUGGUGAGCGCAUUUCCAAGGGGCUGCACCGCUUCGUUGUGCAGUUUAAGGACGACGUAGGACGACGAGAACAAAAGAGAAGAAACUCAAGUUUGCGUAGGACGAAGCAUUCGGUUUACUUCGGCCCCCCCGAUGGCUCGGACUCGGUCGGGGUGAGCUUUGGUCCGUACUUGGAGGAGCAGCUCAAGAUUGCGAAGCGGCACAAAGAUGUUCCGCCAGACCCAACGACCGGCGCGGCGCCUAGUAAAGAGACCGAGCAGGUGGAGGCGCAACAGCAACAGAUGAGGAUGCAUCUAAAUAGCAAGAUCAAGAGCAAAGUGAAAGCUUCUGAGACGAACGCAGCUAUUAAGUUCAAAGCCGAAGCAGACGAGGCCGAAAAGAACCUAACACCGACCGUGCUGUUUUCCCGCACCGGAGAAGUGGUUUCGAAUCUCAGCCCAAAGACCAAGCUCCGCAUGAUCAGAAACAUAUCACACUUGAGAGAAAUCCGGGCAGCAGAGAAACACGAGGACACUGUUCGCGAAAAAUCGAGGCGGCACUUGCUGCAAAGCGAGAAACUGAGUCGAGGAAGCAAGCUCGCCGCGCUCGAAUCGCCGGCUUUCUCUUCGAAGCCCGAAUCGCACCAUGCGGAGGUUUCUGAUCAAGAACGAGACGACGAGGCAGAAAACGGAGAGUCGAUAGGUGAAUACCGAGAUCCAUAUCGCUAUUCAGACUUUUACUUCGUGGAGAUCGACAUGCAAAGAAGAUAUGUGAAAUUCGCGCAAACGAGCCAGCCGCCGUUUGUUUUCCAAGACACUCCGGCGAAGUUGUGGCGUAAUUACGAUAGCCCCCCAUGGUCAGGAGUGUUCCGCAUUCGGACGCCGACCGAGUAUACGUACAUUGGAUUUGGUGAAGAUCAGCUGAACCUGCCGAGCGUUGCGUUGACCGCAAGCCUGGUCAUUACUCUUGCGAAUGAAAGCACUGCAGCCCGUGUGCUGGCCUACGAGAAAGUCAGAGAAGACUAAGACUGAGUAAUGAUUUCUAUGAAAAUAUCGCUUUACAAAUGCAGGAGCAGCAGCAACAGAAACAACACCGACUUUGCUUGGAGAUACAUAUAGAGUGAUUUUUUAGUGCUACUGCUACAUCAGAAGAAAAUGAAUUUCAUCCAUAAAUCACAAUUUGGGUUGCAGUGAUCAUGUUCCUUUUGACUAUUAGGUUUCGCAAUUUAUGAUUUCGUUCAACCAUCAACAACAUUGCUCUCGGCUGAAUAUUCGUCGGAAGCUGCACAAGCCCUCUUUUAUGUUAUGCCUUGCGAGGGCCGAGGCGUUUCCUCGACCUCGGGUGUGUGUAAAAUUAACUCUGAUGAAGCAGGACCAGGAUGAAGUCCCCGCCGGGCUUGCACCUCCGCUUCAUAACGAUGAGGACUGUUUGCUGACCAUAAUUUCAUGUAGUGUUGACUAUACACUCACGCCAAUUUAGUGUUGACUAUGACUAUCCAUGCUCGUUAGAAUGCGAGCAGCCAUUCAAUCAUGAAUGAGUGACAAAUAUUUAUCAUUAUCUCUGAAGACCUUCGCUAGAUUAAGAUUUCGAGCGGUCCUCCCACCCUGUACAGAACAGCGACGCGUUUUGGCGGCAUCUCGUUGAUCUCACGAUCCAUGUGCCGUUUCGUUUUCAAGAUCUCCG